GAGAUUAUUAAGACUGGUUUAAGUACUUUCUUGGGGAAUUCAACGAUUGGUGAACAGAGUCAAGAUUUUAUAUUCGUCUCUCUGUUACAUAAUGCGAUUGUUAGAAUAGACAUCAAGCUUUGGAUAUAUGCCUUUGCAGUCAAAGGAGUUAUUUCAGAAUGUGAAAAUGCUUUAUACUUCACAUUCACUCUUUCAGUUGUAAAUCACAAAGAGACUAGCAUCGAUAACAUAGUCUUUUUAAUUAAUGAGAGUGCUGAUAGAGCCAAG